GUAAAUUGUAGGUGGAAACUGUUAGCUUGGUCAACAGAUAUAUCGACUACAGUUGGUUCAAACUGAAAGGGUAAACUCUCAGAGAAAGGUGCUGUUGGCAUUCAUGAUGGUCUUCACUGAACAUCCCAGCAUUCUUUUUGUCCUUGUGUCCUCAUUAGCAGCAGGUGCUUGGGGAACGGGCCACGAGACCUCACCUGCAACCAAGGGCGAGAUAUUUGAAUCAACUUGGUCUGAUGUCCACAAUCGAAUGUUUCAUAUUGGGAAAAUUACAGUUGACGUUGGAAAAGAGUCCACAAUACUGAAGAUUAAGGACAAAGACGGACGCUAUUUACUGAAAGGCAAUCUCGGGAUGCAUUCUGUCAACAAGCUGGUCCAUCAGAGUAAUGACAGCACAUAUUUGAUUUUCAAAGAACCCGGGUUGUCAGAUCUGAAGGUUAAGCAUUACCAAUAUCACGACAACGACUGCAUUGAUGUGUCAUGGCGUGCCCUAUCCUGUGUAACUGAGACUUUUACUGACUGUUUCCCCUUUGGGGACGCACACUGGUAUGGCGGACCGGAACUCCGGCUCCAGCGAUGGCCACUGGAGAAAGUCCAGCAUGACAUGGCUCCCUAUAUAGCUCAGGACACCCUCGCCACUGGUGAUUAUGGACCUGUCCAAGAGAGAAUCUUCUUCUCGUCAAAAGGAAUAGGGAUCCAUAUUGACGAAGAUGUGCCUUUGUUCGUCAGUAUUAACGCAACUGGUGAUAACAUGUUCUGCUUUCAGUCAAAGUUGGACAACUACUUCUAUUUAAACAGAAACAAUUCCUUGCCAUGGCUUAAUUACACGAUAUGCACAGCAUCUGAUGUAAAGAGUAUAUAUAGAGUGAUGGCAGACAGAUACAUUCAGAAACCCUCAGCAACGGUUAAUCCUGAUCUGUUCAGAAAGCCUAUAUGGUCUACAUGGGCCGAGUAUAAGCUCAGAUCAACCAAUCUGAGGUUGUAGCAUUUGUAAGUAACAUCAAGAAAAAUAACCUGUCAAUAUCUCAGGUUGAAAUUGAUGACGACUGGACGGUGAGGUAUGGUGAUUUAGAGUUUAAUGAAACAUCGUUCCCUGAUCCCAAGAAUCUUGUGGACAUUAUGCAUAGGCAAAACAUUUCUGUGACAUUGUGGAUCCAUCCUUUCAUUAAUAUCGACGCCAAGGCAUUUCCUUAUCUGGCAAGCAAAGGAUGGAUGAUUCAAGAUGUGUCUGGAGCAAGACCUGCACUGACGUCUUGGUGGAAUGGACCGAUGGCUGGACACAUCGACUUCAGCAAUCCUGAUGCGGCGCAGUGGUUUCUGGACGAACUUAACACACUCAAGACAACAUAUGGGAUUGAUUCUUUCAAAUUUGAUGCAGGCGAUGUAAACUAUUUGCCACCAGUAUUCAGAUCACACCAGGACUUUGUCAAUCGGAACCAUCUGACACGACUGUACGCUACUGUUGCCCAGCAGAGUGACAAAAGUCACAGAAUAGAGGUUCGAACAGGUGCAAGAACUCAAAACCUUCCUGUCAUGGUAAGAAUGUUGGACAAACUUUCAACGUGGACUCUGGAUGAUGGGUUGAGGUCAAUAGUCACGACAGGUUUGGUGUUUGGUAUAAUCGGGUAUCCAUACGUGCUGCCUGAUUUAAUUGGUGGAAAUAGCUACCACAAUACCCUUGACCCUGAAUUAUUUAUUCGCUGGAUACAAGCCAAUGCCCUCAUGCCUAUGAUGCAGUUCUCACUCGCUCCAUGGAAGGCCGAUAAUGCAACUGUUUUGAAAGUAGCUCAAGAUAUGGUGCAACUCCAUGAGAAGUACGCCGACAAAAUGGUUGGUCUGGCCAACGACUCAGUCACCACAGGGUACCCCAUCAUGAGACCCCUAUGGUGGAUAGCGCCGACUGAUGAGACAGCCCUGACCGUGGAUGAUCAGUUUCUCAUCGGGGACGACCUCCUUGUUGCACCCGUCUUGGAACAACGGGCCACAACCAGGAGAAUAUAUUUACCAGCCGGUAGAUGGCGUGACGAACUCAAAGGAAAAAUAGUGGAUGGUGGUAUAUGGAUCGAUUAUCCUGUAAGUCUGCAGGACCUUCCGUACUUUACAAAAGUAGAGUAGAAUCGUUGGAUGAUUUUGUUCUGGCUUUGUAAUGAUCACGAAGGAAUUAAAUUCUGUUUGAUUAUUA